UGCGAAGGGACUAAGCGGGAAGGACCAUACGCCGUUACUGCACCCUCCGCCGUUAACGCACCGCUGCCCGGCCCUCUCUGCCCGGCCCUCUCGCUGUCCUCCCGGGGACACCCCUCGCCAUGUCCUUCCGCCACAGGAGCCCGCUCGGCAGCACCAGGAGCAGCCCGCAGCCCCCGCCUCGCUGGUCCCAGGGAAGGAAACGUGGCGCCGAUGGGAAGCGGAGAAAGCAGCACGAACCCGAAUCUGUCUUCGAUGAAAGCAAGUGCGGCGGUUCUGACAGCAGGCUGGACAGUUUUACGACACCAGAAGGCCCUGGAUCCCUUUCCCGGUGUUCAGAUUGGGGAACUGCAGUGGAGGAAGAUGAAAUGAGGACCAAUGUUAAUAAAGAAAUCGCAAGAUACAGAAGAAAACUCCUGAUAAAUGAAUUUGCAAGAGAAAGGAAGUCCUCCUCAGGAAGUUCUGAUUCAAAGGAGUCCACUGUGACAGUAGAACUUGAAACAGAUGAAGUGGUUUUGAUGAGAAGACAAAAACAGAUAAACUACGGAAAAAACACAAUUGCGUAUGAUAGAUACAUUAAAGAAGUUCCUAGAUGCCAUCGUAUACCAGGAGUCCAUCCCAGAACUCCAAAUAAGUUUAAGAAGUACAGCCGUAGGUCAUGGGACCAGCAAAUUAAGCUAUGGAAAGUUGCGCUGCAUUCCUGGGAUCCACCUACUGAAGAGGGAUGUGAUCUGCAAGACAUUAGUCCUGUUGACCUUGGUGAGAUGGAGACAGAAUCUGUUGGAAGCAAUUCUGAAUCUCAAAGGAGCUGUCAAGAUAAUGAUGAUACCUGUUCUGGCACUCCCACCAAAGUCAGACAUGUUGACUAUCAAGCCGAAGGUGAAUUUGACUUGGAAGCGUGUUUGAGUGAACCACUUAAAGAUUUCGAUACUGUGAGUUAAACAGUCCAUACAAAAAGCGUUUUAGAGGAAGUUUCUUUGACAUUUGAGAGGUUAGCUUUGUUCAGAAGCUGUUGAUAAUAAGAAUGUUCAAGCAGAGUUAAAGAUUGUUCUCUGAAGUUGUGGUUGGUCGAUAUAUUCUGGGCCAAGCUUAUGUGAAAAUACAGUUAUCUGUGUGGGUUUUUUUAAUGUUCUAUUUAUGUAUGUCAGAUUUCUUUUUAUCAAACCUGUCAGUAGAAAACUAGCCAAAGGCAGUGCUUCCCUCAAGUAAUUCUAAAUAGUUCAGCAAGAUCUUACUGAUUCCCCCCAGUUGUGUCCAUUACCUGAUCAAGAGCAAAGUAGGGAGGUAUUUCUGAGCAUCUGUAUGCUGCCUUGCUUUUCCAUCUAGCUCUUCUACAACGAUCUGACUUCAGGUAAUACAAGUGGUACUUGAACCAUACUGUAGAUUAGUACCCCUAAACUCAUCUCCUGCAGUUAUAUACUGGAAGAUAAACUGCCUUGACUUUAACAACAACAAAAAAGAUUCUUUAUUUGCAAAAAUGCUUAAAAACCAAUUGAAAACUAAAUACUCUCAAGAAAUUGGAUGUCAGUGUGUUAAAGCCUGUGUGAUAAUGCUUUAAGAAGCAGUAGCCUGAAUUUGAAACUUGUAAAUAGUCAGGAGUCAUUUAUUAAUACAGGCAAGGAAACACUGCCUGGGGGAAGUGCUUGAUUCUCUUUAUUUUCUGAUUUUAAAUGUAAACCUGUUGUAAAUGAUCACACUGUACAGAUUUUCUGCUGAAAGCAGUGAAUGUUUCUAUCACUUUUGUAUGGGAUGUUGCUGGAAAAUAAAUGGAACUGAAUUUA